AAGCCCCUCCCACUUAGCUAGUCGACGAGCGGGAGAAGAAAGUCGGGAGUCGGGCGGAGCGCUGCCACCCCCCGCCUCGAAGCAAGGAGAAAGACCCGAUUUAGCUCAGUGGCUGUCACAUAUGAGGGAGUACGACUGGUUUGAAACGACAGGUUCUUCCAAUGCACCUUGAAACAGCUCGAUCUACACGGGAAAGCACAGGAUCUAGGGCUCUAAAGUGUACACAACCAAAGCACAGUGUCCAUUGGAACUCUGUAUAGACAAAGCGGGGAAGACUGAGCUCUAAGUGAAAGAGACAAUUGAGAGGGCAAUGGAGCAGGCAAUCAAAGUGUUGAACGCGAGCAAGUCUGUGUUCAGACAUCGCAGACACAAGUCGGGAGGGAAGGAGGGAGAGAAGGAGACGGAGCAGGAGUCCAAACCAGCACCCACCUCCCUCUUCCCUCUCCAGGAAUUGCUGGAACAGCUACUGAGACAAGAGGCUGAGCUGUGGAAGAAGAACGAGGGACUGGUUCAGGCCAACAUCAGGGUGACUGAAGCGAGGAAGGAGACCAGAGAGCGAGAGAAUGCCGAUCGGUCUCUCAGGGCAACCCCGGGCCCCACCCCAACUCCCACUCCUUCCCUCACCACCAGCCCUUCUCCCCACACCCCCACCGCCACACCUCCCCUCACAUCUCACCCUCCCCCUGAUUCCCGGGACGCAGCGGACAGUGAAACAGACAAAAUGUUCUGUCUCGUCCAGUAUGGAAGGCUGACAGACGAUAUUCAUCGCUACUUCCGAAGACUCGAGUGAGAUCCUGAUUCAGUAGCACCUGCUGGCCUCUCUAUGCCGGCCAGUAAACGGCCUCUCAUCGUGUCUUCUCCAUUUUACAGGAAGAGACACGCGUGUUUGUACCUGACAAAGAGAAGAGCAAAGCACGAGAACUUGAGACAUGUGGAGACGCAGGCUCGCUCAGACAAUGACGACGGACAUGGACCAGAGGUACAGAGUGCUGCUGGUUAUCUGUUGAAUGGAGGAGCGGGAGACGGACAGUUAGUCACUCUCAGAGAUGAGGAGCUGUUGGUGUUUCGAGCGGCUCUUAUGUGUGCGCAGUUCCCCAUGCUGAGUGCCCCGAGCCCCCCCAGAGGGGGGUCCCCGACCCCCACGCCCCCCACCGUCCCUCUCUCCACCAUCGGAUCUCCGGAGGUCGGAGAUCUCUCUCGGACUGCACCUGCUGAAGUCAACGUGGAGCUCAUGAAGACUGCUGCAAGUCCUGCCUCUACUGGAAGGGGUUCACCUCGGCUACGUCGCUCGGUGUCGGAUAGAAACAAGACGAGGUUGAGAGCGACGGGGGAGGGUCUUAAGUCGCUCCCCGUCGACAAUGAGGGAGGCGUGGCCUCGGUCGAUGGGGAAGAAGGUGGGGCAGACAGUAGAAGUGAAGCCGGGAGAGGGAGGACGAGACCCGGUUUGAGAAGAGUCUCCUCAAGUUCUUCAAACUCCUCCAGAAGGAUUUCCAAAAGGUUGUCAAUGGAUGCAGCCAGCAUGCUGCCUGCCGUUGACUCAGAUGACGACGACGAACUGACGGAGCUGAUUCGGCCGCGGUCUCUACGGCAGCGAGACUCCGCCCACCUCGUCGGACGGGAGCACCCGUUCUCGCCCAUGGUCAACAGGGAGAUGCUGUGCAGUCUGGUGAGGAGGGCCUUCAAACAGACUGAAGAGCAGCAGCUUCAGUUGGAGCAGAUGUUGAAACACGACUACGGCAGGCGGAGCAAGGGAGAGAUUCUUGCGAAGGAGCUGGCGGGACAGCUGCAGGUACUGGAAAACAACGCCCAUCCUUUUUACAAACCAAAGCUCUUUGUGACUCGGAACAUAGGCUACGAGCAGUGGCUGCAGGCAGAGAAGCAGAGGGUGCGGAGUCUCAUCGACAAGUUCUGGCACUUCUCCCUCCCCCGUCCCCAGCUCUGGCGUCACUACAACCCCACCGACUACCACCGGGCCUACACCCUCCUCCUCACCAGGAUCAUCUGUUGUGAGAGCAGGACGGAGCGACGGGAGCCUGUCCAUGCAGGGAAGACCCCUUCCUCCCCUCUCUCCCCCACUGCCCAGAGACUUCUGACUGAGUUUGGCCUCAGAUAUGGAGUGGGUGAUCUCUACCGCAAGAUUAUCUACCUGGACUACCUAGCAAGGCAUUUUGACUAUGAGGUGUGGUACAUCCGCCACUGUACGGAGGAGCUGAGGAGCAUCAGAGAGCUCCUCCCACGGAACAGAAACAAGAUCACUGCAGUCAGGAAAGAGAUGGACUUGCUGAAGACAACUGUCCAUCUUCUGCACGGCCAGACCGACAACUGCCUCACUAAGAUUGACCGUCUCUUUCAGGAUUCACCAACCGAGGGAGUUGCCUCCCUAAUAGAGCUGCUAGCUGAGGUGCUGGAUGCAGAGAUGUCACUCUUUGGCAAGAGAGUUCUGACUGUGGAGGAGUGGCUCAAGAGAUACCUGAAGAGAGGGUUUGCCCUGCGUUAUGAGAGACGGAAGGAGAUACAUGCCGAUGAGACUAUGAACACUCGAACAGCCAAGCCCUUUGUUCCAACCCCUGCCUUGGUCAAUGCUUUACUACUGAGUAUCAAGGAUGAGGUGAAGGAAUAUCGCGACAAGUUUCAGCCUGUGUUCAGACGGUAUUUUGACAUCGUGCCGUUUGCACGAAUUGAGUUCUAUCGUCUGAUGUGUGCCGAUGCCUGCAGUCUCUGCCUCAGAACCAUCCACAAACCAGAGACGCGCUCUCGUCUGAACCUGGAGAUGUUGGGUCUCCUGUACCGACUGAAUGAGAGAGACAGCGAAUGGGAGAAUGUCAUUCCUCCAGACAUGCAGCAGUGGAGACACAGUUUCGUUGAUCUGAGUCUAAUCUGGAUGGAGGUGCUGGGGAAACAGAUCAACAAGUGGGUCCUCAGUGCAGUCGCCAAAGACAAGUGGACUCUGCUACAUCUCUGUGGGCCCGUGGCUACCUCUAGAACUGAUACUGGUGGCGGCAGUUUCCCGGCUCACCCCGUCACCACCACAGCCGUGAUACCUGGAAUCAGUGCCUCCCCCUUCCCUUCCCCGGGCUUCACUCCCAAACCAAACACGCCGCAGGCGAGCGUCGGGUCCAUCGGGAGCCGCGGAGCCUUCAUGCCGUACAGGAAGCCGAGCGGAGAGAAGAGGAGAGGGGGGAAAGAGAGCAACAGUCGGAGUAGCAGCAGCAGGCUUGUGUCUCCCACGGACAACGCCGUCAGAGCCGUCGCGGAGAUUCCGGAUCUCGUAAUUAGAGGGGCGCACAGGAGCACCCCCACGUUGGGACCGAGUCCCCAGGACAACAUCAUGAAGUUCUGGCAGGCAGGGAGGCUGCAGGACUACCAACGUCGCGGGGAGCUGGAGCACAGCUCCACCGUCGAGCCCGCAGCCGAAAUAGAAGUGUGUGUAUCAGUGUACGGAAGUCGUGACGCUUCUCCUACCAACCAGCCCUCUCCCAGUUCUCCUCCACAAGUCACACAGAGUAAUAGUGACAACCCUCAUCGGCAGCAGUCGUCUACCCAACAAGAGCAACCACCACCUCUUCUUAACCCCGCUCCCAGAAUGCCUGAAACGGGGGACAUUGAUAUAGGCAAUGAGGGUGUCAGGGAGAGUGUAGGAGGUGAAGGAGGCAGAGAUUCACAGCCAGAUGGGAGGGAGGUCGACACUAGAUUUGAAGCAGUAGGAACACCCGGUCUUGUCAUCAAUUCUGCGGCAGAGGAUCAGGAUCCUGUGGCUGACACCACAACCAGCAGGACCAGUGCUGGAAACGAGAGCAGACCAGUCUUGGCAAUGGAUCAGGGAGAUAAAGAAUUGGCUGGGAAGAGGGAAGACGAUCAGUUUCCCAGUCCAGCUCGUUCCGACUACCGCACGCCCAGCCCCAUCUCGGACCAACAUCUCCGGGAGCUGUCUUCCAGUACAACUGACAACCCUGUCAACCGCACACCGGGUGAAGAGGACCCUCAGUCAGAGGUAGUCACUGGUGAAGGGGACAGAGGUGGGGACGAGGGCGAGGAGGAUGAUGACGGGGAGGAGGCUCCAGACGGGAUCGUGUUCCAGCCACAAUCCUUCCCCUCCGCCGAACCAACCACUACCACGAUCGGCUCUCGGGAAGACGAAGGUGGUGCGGUCAAGCCAAAACCACGCCCAGUUCGAUCCGGCGAGCCUGUGAUCGCCGGUGAAGAUAACAAGCCCCGUGUCACCAGCGCUUUCACGAGACUGAGUCCCUCCAGAGAGCCGGUGUUUGUAGAGGACGGCUCCACUGUGUCCUCGGUGGCUUCUUCGUUUCGCGAUACCUCCAGUCACCUGAGAAAAGACUUCUCCUCCCUCUCUCUCGACAGACACAGCGACAUGGAGGAGUCUAGUUUCCAGAUCGAUGGGGGACAACAACGGGGGAGAGGGGGUGCAGGGGACAGUGGAAGACACGUGCAUGGCGAGGGGACGAGGUGGGGUGGGGUGGGGGGAGAAGGAUCGGCCUACCUGUUGCCCGUGUCCAAUUCUCCGGUGGACCUGGUGACAAUGCUGACUCGUCUUGCCGGUUUCACCAGCACCCUCCUCGCCACUCUCACGCCCAAACUCAGACACGGAGCUGUGCCCGGUCUAGACGAGCCAAGGAGAGCCCACGAUUAUGCUCCAGACGUGGCCAAUGCCAAGAGACAAGCCUCGCAGCAACUGAAACACGUGGAGAACACCCACGCCGAGUUCCUCAAGAAACUGCACAAGAUAAUGAACAACAGUCUGAGACUAUAUGCUGACAACCUGAUGUGCAUGGACCUCUGCUGCUGGUCCAACAGUGAAGCCACACAGCUCCUCGUUUCAGAGGUCGGUCGCCAUCCUAGUGUAUCAUACCACACUGCACGUGCUAGAGAUUUUGGUAACGGUGAAUUGUGUGAACUUGGGAGCCUUUUUGGGGGG